AAAAAAAUGGCUCACGACGAUUUGCGAGUGGAGGCGAUAAGACAGAUGGUGUCUGCCGGCUUCGGGCUGGACAACUCUCCGGAUUCCGGCUGUUUCGACGAGGCGCUCAGUCGUCGCGAUGGAGAAGACGAGCAGAAAAUCAUCCAGUACCUAAACUCCGUGACUGCGGAGGAUUCGCCGUCCUGUCUUUUCUUCUUCAAAACUGUGACAGAGGAGGAGGUUGAAGUUGGUGUACCUAGGACGGAUCUAAAACUAGUUGACCAUGUGGAGAUUGAUGUUACGGUCAACCAAUUCCCAGAGAGUUUUUUGAAAUCCCACGUUUUCAGUCUCAUGAGAAACACAAAGGAGCCGAUAAGUGAGCCAGCUGACAUGAAUGAGGCCAAUAUCAGUAUUCCAAGGCUAUUUGACAUUGACAUGCACAGCGGUCACCCCAUUCAGGUGCUACAUGACAAACUUCUCUAUGUCUAUUAUCCCUUGAUCAGACAGAUGGUGCUCCCUGCAGGAGGCCAAAACAAAGCAGAGGAAGAACUUGAUGCUGAAGAUGAAAAGAGGAGUUCAGAGAAGCCCAAUGAGAAUUCACUUCAUCUUCCUGAGCUCGACAUGGAGCAAGGUGUGGACAUCUUGCUUGCUAAUCCAGAGACGAUUGAGAAGUUGGAGCAGUGCGUGAUGAAUUGGCAGACUCAGAUUACAAUUGUCAUUGAGGAGCAGCAAAAGAAACAACCUCAGGCACCUGGUCCGUUGGCUGAGAUCGUGCUUUGGCAGGAGCGUGCCGAUGCUGUGAACGCUCUGAGUGAACAGCUCAGACAGCCUGCGGUCAAGAAGAUCCUGGAGGUGAUGACCAGAGCGGACUCAAGCAUUGUUCACACCCUGGAAGGAACGGUUGCUGAACUCACUAAAUACCGUUCGGAGUGUGACGACAACUUUCGCUUUCUGAAAACAAUGGAGAGACACUUCAAGAAUCUGGCUGAUGGUGCAAACCUUGGAGUGAUCCUGGAAAACAUCCGUCCUCUGAUGGACAGCCUGCAAACGGUGUGGAUGAUUUCUUACCACUUUCAAAGUGGUGAUCGUAUGGUCCCUCUGAUGGAGCGUAUCGCCUGGCAGCUGUGUGAGCGAGUGGCUCAAGCCAUUGAUGUCCAUACUCUUUUCAAAAAUAAGAAGGAGGCCACGUCCCAGGUUUAUGAGGCCAAGCAGGUUCUGGACCAGUGGAAAUCAUCCUACUUUGACGUGCGUGCUGAUAUUGAAAAAUUGGGCUGGAAUCAACGCUGGGAAUUUGACCGCAAGAGAUUGUUUGAGAGGAGUGAUUACAUGGCAUCUGUCUGCCAGGACCUGUACAAUGUCCUUCAGAUUUUGGAGGAGUUCUCUAACUUUUUUGGCCCAGAGCUGAAACGUGUGACUGGAGAGGCCAAACUGAUCGAUGAGAUUCUGGGCCGAGUGGAUCGUCUGGUGUCACCUUUUGAGCAGAUAAUUUUUAACCCAUUCAACAUUUUAAAGAUGAGCAGCUGGAAAACGGUCAUUCAAGAUUUCAACACCUCAGUUCAGGCUAUAGAUGGAGAAGCCAUCACCUUCAUUGAUCAGUCUUUUAAGACUCUGCGCUCUUCAUCCACUGCCUUUGAAAUACUGAUGAAGUUCAAACACGUCCGCUGCAGAGAGGCCAUCAAGAACCAUUUGAUGAAAAAGUCUGAUGACAUCCUGGCCCAGUAUAUCAAAGAGGUCGACGCCAUAGCUGAAAUCUUUAAGAAGGAGAAAGACAAACCAGUGCUUAGUAAGUUUGAGACGCCCGUGGCAGGAGCCAUCAAGUGGGCCCGAUUCCUUGCUGACCGCAUCAAGCAACCCAUCCUUUCCUUCCUGAAAGCUCCAGAGCUGCUCGGCAGUGACCACACCAAAACUGCCAAGGACAAGUACAUGGAAUUGGCAGUUCAGUUGAAGGAAUAUGAGAAGAAAACAUAUGAGUGCUGGUUCGCUGAGACAGAACACAACCUGCCACUGCUGAUGAAAAAGACCCUGUUGGCAAAUACUACCAGUGACAAUCCAGUUGUUGCAUCUACUGAGCAAAGCCUACAGAGGGCUGUGCGAUACACUGUGAACUUUCCUCAUGAGAUAAGAGGAAUCAUUUCAGAAACAAAUGACCUUGUUCCACUGGGCUACUCUGUGCCUGGACAGGCUCAACAUGUUGCUCUACAAGAACUCAACUUCUGCAGAUACGUUGAUGAUCUGAAAAAAAUAGUCAGCAGGUACCACUGUGUAAUCGACGGCCUCAGUGAAGCCCAUUUCAUAAUGCUGGCUCCGCAGAUCGAAGCCGUCCAAAAGGAGCUGAAUUAUGGCUGCAAAAGAAUCAACUGGAAAACCUUGAGAAUCCCCGACUUCCUCAGUCAAGCUUUUGAGGCUGUCUCCAAGUUUGAGACGCUUUUCAGCCACAUCCAUCGUAAUGAAAAGGAAAUCGAUUCCAAGCUACAAGCAAUGGUUGCUGCCAGUUUACUGAAAAUUCCAUCACCAGAUAAAUCAAACAACUUGCCAGGUGUCAAAGAGUUUUGUGAGCGUAUUGAGCAAGAACGGGUCAAGACUGUCAAUCUGCUAGUUAGAAAAUAUGCUGACAUUGGAUUCCUCAUCACAAAAAUAGAACAUUUGGUCCUGGAAACCAGCAGCGGUAAAGCUAAAGUCAUGGCAGAGUAUUAUUCGUACUGGGAGCGCAAAGUGCUGGACUCCCUUAUUAAGAUGGUGCUGAGGAAUGUUCAAGCUUUGAACAUGGCUCUGACGGGAAGCACUGCUCUUUUCCAAGUGGAUGUCAUUCUGUCUGCCCCUAAGAUUGUGUUGCAGCCUAAAAGCAGCGACGUCUACUCACUGAUAAUGCAAUGUGUCCGAGACUGCGUGGAAAGCACAAAGCAAUUUGUGCGUUGGAUGCAUGGGACCUGCAUCGAGUGCCCUCCAGUUCGUGUUGGUAAUGAGGAUGAGUUUGUGACAUUCACCUUCUGCAGCGACGUGUGGCAGCAUCCUCAGAUCAAUGAAAGUGCUACGAGCGUGUCUCAGAACAUGCAGCAGCUGCUCCUCUCGGUGGAUCGGUACCUUCCCCACUGGAAACGCCACCGGGCCCUUUGGGAAAAAAACAGAACCAUUGUCAAUGAGAAGUUUGCCGCAAAGAGACCGUCCUGCGUCAUGUAUGACGACAAGCUGCAGUUUCUCACCGGGAUUCAGCAGGAAUUGAUGCUGGAGCCUCAUUUUAGGAAGGAGCACAUCAUCUGUCUAAACCUGGAGCCUCUGAUUCUCACCGUGUGGGAAACUGCUCAGUCCUGGAUCACUUCACUCGGUGGUUUUCUGAACAAGCCUGCCAAAGAGGAUCUCUUCAACUUGAGAGAUGAGCUCACGCAACUCAGAAAGAGCCUGAACCAGAGCCCUGACACCUUCGAGGGCCUGAAGUCUGUUCUGAGCACCAUCUCUGCGAUCAGGGAUAUGUCUUUGGAGGUGGAGAUGAGAUUCAUCGACAUUAUAGAAAGAUACAGAACCCUGGCCAUGUACAAAGUGGAGGUUGGAGAGGAUGAAUCGGAGCUGGUGGCCGAUAUUGAAAAGAUGUGGACUGAUCUGUUUGCAGAAGCGAGACAAGUGGAUCGAAGUCUGAAAGACGUCAAGAAAUCGUUCACUGUGACCACAAAGGAAAACAUGGAAAACUUCAAGCAAGAAUUGUCUAUAUUUGCUGAAAGCUUCAACAUGCACGGUCCUGGGGCUGUGGGAGAUGAUUUGGAAAAAGGACUUGCAAUUCUCGGAAAAUAUGAGGCAGAUCUUGCCAACGUGGUGACGACACAACAGGAACUAACCAAUGCAGAGAAGCUUUUGGAUCUUCCACUUACUGUGAACCCAGAGAUUGCAAGCAUCCAAAAGGACAUGAAGGGAUUAAGGCAGAUAUAUGACAUAUAUAGGGCUCAGAAGGAUGCAAAGACAGAGUGGUCACAGACCUUGUGGGUCGACUUAGACAUUCAAGUGUUACAGGAAGGCAUUGAAGGUUUCAUCAAAGGUUUGAGGCAGCUGCCUAAAGACGUGCGAGCCUUGCCCAUUGCCUUCUUUCUUGAUGGACGAAUGAAAGAGUUCAGGGAGUCUCUGCCUCUGUUGCUGGACCUGAAGAAUGAAGCUCUCAGAGACAGGCACUGGAAGGAGCUAAUUGAAAGAACCGGGACUCGCUUUGAGAUGAACUCGGACACAUUCACCCUGGAAAACAUGUUUGCAAUGGAACUGCACAAACAUGCAAACGUCAUCGGGGACAUUGUCACUUCUGCUGUCAAGGAGCUCAGUAUCGAAAAGGGAGUGAAGGGUGUGAUGGAGACUUGGGAGAGUAUGAAGUUCAGUGUGCAGUCAUAUGUCAAAGGCACGCAGAAGCGUGGCUCCAUUCUGGGUGCUGUGGAUGAGAUCCUGCUCAAUGUGGACAAUGAUAUUAUGAACCUGCAAGGCAUGGCCGGCAGCCGCUUUGUGGGACCCUUCCUUGGCACCAUUCAGCAGUUAGAAAAAGACCUGUCACUUAUCAGUGAGACUAUAGAGGUGUGGUUGCUGGUUCAGCGAAAAUGGAUGUACCUGGAGAGCAUAUUUAUAGGUGGAGACAUCCGCUCACAGUUACCAGAGGAAGCAAAGAAGUUUGAUAACAUCGACAAAAAGUUUAAAGACAUCAUGAACAGCACAGUCAGUAGUCCAAACAUUAAGCACUGUUGCUUAGUUCCAAACCGGCUAACCGAUCUCCAGGCCCUGAGUGACGGUCUAGGGAAGUGCCAGAAGAGUCUCAAUGAGUACCUGGACUCCAAGCGAAACGCAUUUCCUCGUUUCUUCUUCAUUUCUGAUGAUGAGCUGCUCAGCAUCUUAGGGAGUAGCGACCCCACUUGUGUCCAGGAGCACAUGAUCAAGAUGUACGACAACAUAGCGUCUCUGCGGUUCGAUGGUGAAGCCAGUGGGGAGACGGUGGUUGGAGCAAUGGUGUCAGCGGAGGGCGAGGUGAUGGAGCUGAGAAAACCGAUCCCAGUGGAGGGCAGAGUGGAGGAGUGGAUGAUGGCAGUUCUGCUGGAGAUGAGGAAAACUAACAGGCUCAUAACCAAAGAAGCAAUAUUUCACUAUUGUGAGGACCGGACCAGGGUGGACUGGAUGUUGCUGUACCAGGGCAUGGUGGUGCUGGCCGCAAACCAGGUGUGGUGGACCUGGGAGGUGGAGGACGUUUUCAAGAAGGUGAAGAAAGGAGAGAAGCGCGCAAUGAAGAAGCACGCUGAAAAGAUGCACCAGCAGAUUGAUGAGCUGGUGACGCGCAUCGCUCAGCCCAUGAAGAAGAACGACAGGCGGAAGAUCAACACUGUGCUCAUCAUUGAUGUCCACGCAAGAGACAUUGUGGACAGCUUUGUCCUAAAUAGCAUAAUGGAUGCACAAGAAUUUGAGUGGGAGAGCCAACUGAGAUUUUAUUGGAUGCGGAAAGCUGACGACCUCUUUGUGCAUCAGUGCAGUGCAUCGUUUUCCUAUGGCUAUGAGUACAUGGGGUUAAACGGUCGACUGGUGAUAACCCCACUGACCGACCGAAUUUACCUCACUCUCACACAGGCCCUGUCCAUGUUCUUGGGUGGUGCUCCUGCUGGACCGGCUGGCACAGGAAAGACAGAGUCCACCAAAGAUCUGGCGAAAGCCUUGGGUCUGCUCUGUGUGGUUACAAACUGUGGCGAGGGCAUGGACUACAUGGCUGUGGGCAAAAUCUUCUCUGGCCUUGCUCAGUGUGGAGCUUGGGGCUGCUUCGAUGAAUUCAAUCGUAUUGACGCGUCAGUGUUAUCUGUUAUCUCCUCUCAAAUUCAAACCAUCCGCAAUGCUCUCAUGCUGCGCCUCAACAGAUUCCAGUUUGAAGGCCAGGAGAUCAGCCUGGAUGGCCGUAUGGGGAUUUUCAUCACGAUGAACCCUGGAUAUGCGGGACGCACAGAGCUGCCAGAAUCAGUCAAAGCCCUCUUCAGGCCUGUGGUGGUUAUUGUGCCUGACCUUCAGCAGAUCUGUGAGAUUAUGCUCUUUUCUGAGGGUUUUCUCUUGGCCAAGGUGCUGGCAAAGAAGAUGACAGUUUUAUAUAAACUCGCUCGUGAGCAGCUGUCCAAACAGUCUCAUUAUGACUUUGGCCUGCGAGCUCUGAAAUCUGUUUUAGUGAUGGCAGGAGAGCUGAAGAGAGGCUCACCGGACCUCAGUGAGGAUGUGGUGCUGAUGCGCGCUCUCAGGGACAUGAAUCAGCCAAAGUUUGUGUUCGAGGAUGUCCCUCUGUUCCUUGGGCUGAUCUCAGACCUGUUUCCCGGGCUGGAUUGCCCUCGCGUUCGCUAUCCCAACUUCAAUGAUGCUGUGGAACAAACACUGGAGGGAAAUAAAUACGUCGCACUUCCUGACCAGGUUGAUAAAGUGGUGCAGAUGUAUGAGACCAUGAUGACCAGGCACACUACUAUGGUUGUGGGCCCGACAGGCGGAGGGAAAUCAGUUGUGAUCUCCACACUGUGUCAAGCUCAGACCAAGUUGGGAUUACAAACCAAGCUGUAUCCCUUGAAUCCUAAAGCGAUGAGUGUGAUUGAGCUUUAUGGUGUUCUGGAUCCCGACACCCGAGAUUGGACGGAUGGGAUCUUAUCUAACAUCUUCCGUGACAUCAACAGGCCGACAGACAAACAAGAGCGGAGGUACAUCCUGUUCGACGGAGAUGUUGAUGCUCUGUGGGUCGAGAACAUGAACUCUGUAAUGGAUGACAACAAGCUCCUCACUUUAGCGAAUGGGGAAAGAAUCCGUUUACAGAAUCACUGCGCGUUGCUUUUUGAGGUUGGUGAUCUUCAAUAUGCUUCCCCUGCUACUGUUUCACGCUGUGGAAUGGUUUUUGUUGACCCCAAAAACUUGCGCUAUGCCCCUUACUGGAAAAAAUGGCUGAAAACCAGGCCUGACAAAGAACAAGAAGAACUCAACAGACUGUUUGAGAAAUAUGUGCCCAGCUCCAUUGACAUGAUUGUGGAUGGUAUUGUUGAUGGCAGACAGGGCCAAAAACUGAAGACUGUUGUCCCUCAGACAGAUCUCAAUAUGGUGACUCAGUUGUGCAUAACGCUGGAUGCGCUGCUGGAGAGGAGGAGCAACAGAGCUGAAGUCCUGGAAGGUUACUUCCUUGAGGCUCUCUGCUGCUCGCUAGGCGCUACAUUACUAGAGAGCGGCAGGAUCAGGUUUGAUGAGUUGUUGAAAAAGCUUUCCUGUCUGACCAUGGUGGAUGAUGGCAGUACCCUGGCUGGACCAGGAGAGAUACCAGGAUACCUCCCAACUCUGUAUGACUUCCACUUCGAUGGCACACAGGAGAAGUGGGUUCCCUGGAGUUCUCUGGUCGCCAAAUACAUUCAUAACCCUGAAACGAAAUUCGCCGAUAUCCUAGUGCCCACUGUUGACACCACCAGAGCCAGCUGGAUCCUGGAGCAGAUGGUGAAAGUAAAGAGGCCAGUGCUGCUCGUCGGAGAGUCUGGCACCUCUAAGACUGCCACCAUUCAGAACUUCCUGAAGAACGUUGACUCAGAUACGAGGAGCACUUUGACCAUUAACCUUUCAUCCAGAACAACUUCACUGGACCUGCAAAGAAAUCUGGAGGCCAAUGUGGAGAAAAAGACCAAGGAGACCUACGGUCCUCCUAUGGGGAAAAGACUAUUGAUCUUCAUCGAUGACAUGAAUAUGCCAAAGGUGGACAGUUAUGGCACACAACAGCCGAUUGCACUGCUGAAGCUGCUGUUGGACCGAGGGGGCUUGUAUGACAGAGGAAAGGAGCUUCACUACAAAAUCCUCAAGGAUCUUGGCUUUAUUGCCGCCAUGGGUAAAACAGGGGGAGGAAGGAAUGAGGUGGAUCCUCGCUUCACCUCACUGUUCAGCGUCUUCUGCAUCCCUUUCCCAACUGUGGAGUCCCUUCAUCUUAUCUAUGCUUCCAUUAUCAGAGGCCAUACAAAACCUUUUGAAGAGGCCAUCCAAAAUGUUUGCGAUAAGGUGACCUCCUGCACGCUGGAACUGUACAACAUGAUCAUCAGAGAUCUGCCUCCCACUCCGUCAAAGUUCCACUACAUUUUCAACCUGAGAGACCUGUCAAGAGUUUACAAUGGACUCGUCCUCACCAAGCCUGACAGAUAUCUGACUGUCACCCAGUUUGUUCGUGUCUGGAGAAAUGAAUGCCUGAGAAUCUUCCAUGACAGGCUCAUUGAUGAAACUGACAAAGCUUUGGUCCAAGGUCACAUCAGGAGUCUCAUUGCUGAGCACUUUGCAUCAGACCUGCAAGCCGUCAUGAGGGACCCAAUACUUUUUGGAGACUACAGCACAGCACUCCAUGAAACCGAUUCAAGGGUUUAUGAGGACAUACAAGACUAUGAUGCCUCAAAGGCCCUCUUCCAGGAAAUAUUAGAGGAAUACAAUGAAAACAAGUCAAGGAUGAACCUGGUGCUGUUUGAUGAUGCGCUGGAACAUCUGACACGCAUUCACCGCAUAAUCCGCAUUGAUCAAGGCCACGCACUGCUUGUUGGAGUGGGGGGCUCUGGAAAGCAGUCCCUCACCAAGCUUGCUGCCUUUGCGGCUGGUUGUGAGGUGUUUGAGAUAACUCUGAGCAGAGGCUACAGUGAAAAUAACUUCCGUGAUGACCUUAAGGCACUGUACUUGAAGCUUGGCAUUGAAAAUAAAAAGACAGUGUUCCUGUUUACUGAUGCUCAUGUUGCGGAGGAAGGCUUCUUGGAGCUCAUUAACAACAUGCUCACUUCAGGCAUUGUUCCCGCUUUGUUCCCUGAUGAUGAGAAGGAAGCGCUUCUCAACCAGCUUCGUGACGAGGCGCUUAGUAUGGGAGCCGGUCCUUCUAAAGACAGUGUGUGGCAGUACUUCGUCAACAAGAGUGCCAACAAUCUACACAUAGUUUUAGGCAUGUCUCCUGUGGGAGACACUCUGAGGACACGCUGCAGGAACUUUCCAGGACUGAUGAAUAACACUGUGAUAGACUGGUUUCUGCCUUGGCCUCCACAGGCCCUGCUUGCUGUGGCUCAGUCUUUCCUCGGUGAAAAUCCAAUGAUCCCUAAAGACCAUUCUGCUGCAGUUAUUGAACAUGUCUGCAUGGUUCAUAAGUCUGUGGGUGACUACAGCAAACUGUUCCAGCAAAAGCUCAGACGUUGCAACUAUGUCACCCCGAAGAAUUAUUUAGACUUCAUUAGCAACUAUUGUAACCUCUUGAAGGAAAAAGACCAAUAUAUCUUGGCCCAGUGCAAGCGUCUGGAGGGAGGCUUGGAUAAACUAAAGGAAGCCAGUGAGAAACUGGCGGAACUGAAUGUGAAGCUAGCAGAUCAGAAAGUCAUCCUGGCUGAAAAGUCCACAGCAUGCGAAGCCCUGCUGGAUGAAAUAGCCACUAACACAAGCGUUGCCGAGGAGAAAAAGAAUCUGGCAGAAGACAAAGCCAAAGAGAUUGAAGAGCAGAACAAAGUCAUAGCUGUAGAGAAGCAAGAAGCUGAGAGUUCCCUGGCUGAGGCUCUUCCUGCGUUAGAGGCAGCUCGCAUUGCUCUGCAAGACCUGGAAAAAUCAGAUGUCACUGAGAUUCGAUCUUUUGCUAAGCCACCCAAACAGGUGCAAGUGGUUUGUGAGUGUAUCCUGGUGCUCCGCGGCUACAAGGAAAUCAGCUGGCAGUCAGCCAAGGGGAUGAUGUCAGAGGCUAACUUUCUCCGUACAUUGAUCGACAUGGAUUACGACUCUAUAAAUAACAACCAGGUCCGGAAAGUCAAAGGAUUCCUCAAGACCCUCCAGAUCAGCCUCGAGGAGAUGCAAGCCAUCAGCAAGGCUGGUUCAGGAAUGCUUAAGUUUGUAGAGGCGAUCAUGGGUUACUGUGAGGUCUCAAAGGAAAUCAAGCCCAAGAGAGAAAAGGUGGCAUGCCUCGAGAAGAACUUCUUUCAGAGUAAGCAUGAGCUGGAGCGCAUUCAGAGCGAGCUCAGCGAUAUCCAGAAAGAAUUACACACUCUCGGAGAGAAGUACAAAGCUGCUAUUGAUGAGAAACAGUUGCUGCAAGAGGAGGCUGAGGUCAUGGAGCGAAGGCUUUUAGCUGCCGACAAACUCAUCUCUGGUCUGAGCUCUGAGAAUGAACGGUGGACCAAGGAUCUUGAGGAGUUGAAGCAGCGGCGCGGGCUUCUCCUGGGCGAUUGUCUGAUCUGUGCUGCUUUUCUCAGUUAUGAGGGGGCCUUCAGCUGGGACUUCAGGAAUGAAAUGGUGUACAAUGCAUGGAUCCAAGAUGUGCAGGAGAGACAAAUCCCUUUGAGUCAGCUUUUUAAAGUUGAACACCUUCUUUCUGAUGAAGUAGAAAUCAGCAGAUGGGGUUCAGAGGGUUUGCCUCCAGAUGAGCUCUCUGUGCAGAAUGGGAUUCUCACGAUUAGGGGGAGCCGCUUCCCCUUGUGUAUUGACCCACAACAACAAGCCCUCAACUGGAUUAAGAAGAAAGAGGAAAACAAUAAUCUCAAGAUUUCAUCAUUCAAUGAUCCAGACUUCCUGAAACACCUGGAGAUGGCCAUCAACUAUGGCUUCCCAUUCCUCUUCCAAGAUGUGGACGAGUACAUUGACCCGGUGAUUGACAAUGUCCUGGAGAAAAAUGUGAAAGGAGCCGAGGGCCGACAGGUCAUUAUGCUGGGUGACAAGGAAGUGGACUACGAUCCCAACUUCAAGCUGUACCUCAACACCAAACUGGCUAACCCCAAAUACUCCCCAUCCGUUUUUGGAAAAUCCAUGGUCAUUAACUACACUGUGACCCUUAAAGGUUUGGAGGACCAGCUGCUGAGUGUUAUCAUGGGUUUUGAGAAGAAAGAGCUGGAGGAACAGCGAAAGUGUUUGAUCCAAGAGACAAAUAACAACAAAAAGCUUCUUAAAAACCUUGGGGAUUCCUUGCUUGAAGAGCUGGCCACAUCUACAGGCAACAUGUUGGAUAACACAGAGCUUGUCAACACAUUGGAAAUAACAAAACUGAAAGCCACGGAGGUAUUCGAGAAACUUCAGUUGGCUGUGAAGACAUCCGAGGACAUUGAUAAACUCAGAGACGGAUACCGACCUGCAGCCAAGCGUGGCGCCAUCCUGUUCUUUGUGCUGACAGACAUGGCUUUGGUUAACAGCAUGUACCAAUACUCUCUGGCCUCCUACCUCGAGGUGUUUGACUAUUCACUGCGGAAGUCUCUGCCUGAUGCCAUCCUUCCCAAAAGGCUGGAGAAUAUCAUGAACACUCUGACGUACAGCGUUUACAACUAUGGUUGCACAGGGCUGUUUGAAAGGCACAAAUUGCUCUUUUCCUUCAUCAUGACAAUCAAGAUUGAACAGGCAGAAGAGAAGGUGCCUCAGGAGGAAUUGGAAUUCUUCAUGAAGGGUAAUCUAUCCCUGGAGAAAAGUCAACGCAAAAAGCCUUGUGACUGGCUUCCAGAUCAGGGCUGGGAGGACAUCAUCAAACUUUCAGAGCUCUUUCCUGAUCAGUUUGCCUCACUGCCUGAUGACAUUGAAAGUAAUUCUGCUGAAUGGAUAUCCUGGUAUGACUUAGAUGGACCUGAACAGACUCCCUUCCCCUCAAAAUUCAAGGAGAACCUGUCAAGCUUCCAGAAGCUGCUGCUGCUGCGCUGCUUCCGUGUUGAUCGAGUCUACAGAGCUGUGACUGACUAUGUCACUGUCACCAUGGGCGAGAAAUACGUGCAGCCCCCUGUGAUCAGCUUCGAUGCAAUCUACGAACAGAGCACACCUUUCUCCCCCAUUGUCUUCAUUUUGAGUCCUGGCUCUGACCCAGCCAGCGACCUCAUGAAACUCGCAGAGAAGUCAGGCUUUGGGGGAAGCAAGUUCAAGUUUCUUGCAAUGGGCCAAGGCCAAGAAAAGGUGGCGCUGGAGCUGCUGGAGAAGGCAGCGUCUCGCGGUCAGUGGCUGAUGCUACAAAAUUGCCACCUGCUGGUGAAGUGGCUGAAAGAACUGGAGAAGGCCCUGGAGAGGAUCACUGAGCCCAACCCCAACUUUCGCCUGUGGAUUACAACAAACCCUAUUCAAGCUUUCCCCAUUGGCAUCCUGCAAAAGUCCCUAAAGGUGGUCACAGAGCCUCCUAAUGGUCUAAAGCUGAACAUGAGAGCCACCUACUCUAAAAUCUCUCACGAGAUGCUGUCUGGAUGUCCACACCCUGCCUUCCGCAGCCUCGUCUAUGUUCUGGCUUUCUUCCACUCUGUGGUGCAGGAGAGGCGCAAGUACGGGAAGAUUGGCUGGAACGUCCCUUAUGACUUCAGCGAGUCUGAUUUCUUUGUGUGUAUGGAAAUCCUAAACACAUACCUGACAAAAGCUCACAGCCAAGGAGAAAGCAACAUACCCUGGGGAAGUCUUAAAUACCUUAUUGGGGAGGUGAUGUAUGGUGGGCGAGCGAUCGACAGCUUUGAUCGCAGGAUCCUGAAUGUCUACAUGGAUGAGUACCUUGGAGACUUCCUCUUCUACACCUUUCGACAGUUCCACUUCUUCAGCAACAAAGAAGUUGAUUACAAGAUCCCCCCAAAUGGCCCCAUGUCAUCAUAUGUUGAUGAGAUUAAGAACAUGCCACUGGCAAAUACGCCCGAGGUAAUGGGUCUUCAUUCCAAUGCAGAGAUAGGAUACUACACACAUGCAGUGAAGGAGAUGUGGACUCACUUAAUAGACCUUCAGCCUCAAACAGGUGAAUCAGGGGGAAGCAUCAGUCGGGAUGAGUACAUCGGCCAGGUUGCCCAGGACAUUCAGAACAAGCUGCCAGAUUUGUUCGAUUUGGAUGUGAUUCGUAAGAACUUCGGCACAGAGAUCUCUCCAACCUCAGUGGUUCUGCUUCAAGAACUGGAGCGCUUCAACAAACUGGUGGUCCGCAUGCAGCUGUCUCUUGCUGAGCUCCAGAGGGCUUUGGCUGGUGAAGUCGGUAUGAGCAGUGAGCUUGAAGAGGUGGCUUCAGCCCUGUUUAAUGGACAGAUCCCAGCUAUCUGGAAGAAGCUCGCCCCGGACACUCUGAAGUCUUUGGGCAACUGGAUGAGUCAUUUCAAGAGGCGCUAUGAACAGUAUCGCCACUGGGUGGAUCAGGGAGAGCCAAAAGUCAUGUGGCUGUCAGGACUCCACAUCCCAGAGUCUUACUUAACGGCUCUGGUUCAGGCUGCAUGUAGGAAGAACGGCUGGCCUCUAGAUCUGUCGACACUGUACACAGAGGUGACCAAGUACCGCAGUGAGGACGAAAUCAGUGACAGACCCCAGCAGGGCUGCUUCGUGUCCGGUCUGUAUUUGGAGGGAGCAGACUGGGAUGUGGAGAAUGGAUGUUUAGUCAAGAGUAAACCCAAAGUGUUGGUUGUUGAGCUGCCCAUUCUCAAAGUCAUCCCUACAGAGGCCUGUCACCUCAGGUUACAGAACACACUGCGUACACCGGUGUACACCACUUCCAUGAGGAGGAAUGCAAUGGGUGUGGGGUUGGUGUUUGAGGCAGAUCUGUUCACCACCGUGCAUUUAUCCCACUGGGUGCUGCAAGGAGUGUGUUUGUACCUCAACACUGAAUAAG